UUUUAUUUUGCCCAUUUGAUUUUUCAGUGCGAUGUACGUAAUUGUUACAGUUGCGUUAUCACGAUUCAUGAUCAUGUAAUCGGUAAUUAUUACUGAAAUUUUAAUAUUUGGCAUAACAGUUGUCGUACAGUCCAACUGAAAUGUUAUCUUAUCUGUGGAUUGACGAUUACUUCAUCAAGUAGACGCCGUAAUAAGACUGGUUUCGUGGUUUUGUUUUGAUGUUGGAGUUUUGCGGCCAUCCACGGCGACGACGAUGGACCACACUGCUUCUGCUGAUACUGUGAAACUGCUACGCACCGUCAGCGAUCCGAAAGAUAAAACUAGUAUUCUGCGUGGUAGUACCAUGCCACGUCCCAAUUCGAUCGCGGUGGAUCUGACCAACCGAGUCAAUCAGCAGCAGUCCAGUCCGGUUGGAAGUAAAAAUGGCACAGCUCGCAAACAGGGCCACUGCCAUUCACCAUCCAGCGUCUCCAUGUCGUCGUCCACGCCGUCGGGAGAAGGCUCCUCCUCACAGUCCGAGUAUUUUAGUUAUGAAGCGGAGGAAAGCGGUGGCUCGAUCAAGCCGUCACCGGUGGGAUUAUUUGACGAUUCACGGGCUAAUCAGACCGUGGGUACGGAUUAUGAAAUUAUCAAGGGUUUGCGCGUCGGAGAGACAUUCGAGAAGGUUGUGCCUGUUUUUGAGGGGCUGCUGUCGAAGAAGCGUCGGCGACGGGGAACAGGUUUCCAGAAACGUUUCUGCCGUCUGGAGGAGGGCUAUUUGAUUUAUGCAAAAAAUCGCGGCGAGAUGGAGAAGGGAAAUUACUUGGGGAAACUUGAUAUUGCAUUGUCUUUCGUGGUUCUCAAUAAGAAGAAGCGUGGCAUUGAAAUCGACGCAACGGAAGCUGUGCAUCACUUUCGUGCAUAUUCGGAUGCACAAUUUGCAAAAUGGCGUGAAAUGCUAUACGAUCAUCGUCUGUACCGUCAAGCCACGAUGGCCAGCUUGUUAGGUGACGCUGAUGCGGAAGGCACACUGAAAGAUGCAACGCUGCUUAAUCAGCCAAGCGCAGCCGGUUGCCGAAUUGGUUUAGACGUCUCAAAAGCCCAAUUGGAUGCUGUUUUCAAGAAGCUCGAUCGCGCAGCCGCUCUUGUCGAACAAUGGGAAAUGGCCGCCAAUGAGCCAAUAACAGAACGCGAUAUCCAGCAGAACAGCGUGAAUGAUACCGGUUCGAAAAGAGGUACUAUAAAGAAAUUCUUCUCAAGGCGAAAGAAGCCUGAUAAAAAAGAGGACUUAAUGGCAUCAAGUGGGAGUUCAUCAAAAGGAUCGACGGUACCACGCCCGCCCACUAUGGAAACCCUGCAGUUGCCCAGUUCGAAUGCUUCCGCUUCAUUUCCGGAUAACAUACCGGCUAUACCGUCUUCCCCCAUACCCAGUCUGGGUGGUCAUCUCAGUGAUAUUAGCCACGGUUCGCAGUCAAGUCUUACGAAGUAUAACGAAAGUCAACCGAACAAUGCAACCACUUCUCGCAUGGAUGUGGAUUCUUUACUGCUGGCUCGGGAAUUGAUCUCAACCUUUCGAGUCAUUGGCAAUGAUUUCCGCCAGCUAUAUAAUCGAUUUAAUGGUGCCUUAUCGGAUGACGGGACCCUAACCGGCAGUAUGGUUCAGACACGAAUCGUGCACACUUUAUCGUCGGAUAGCGCUGGUACAAUUGGGAGCGGAGACACAUUUUUCACGGCCAUCAGUCAUUUCAGCAGCAGCCGCAUGCAGCAUAGUGCUCAUCUUAUGUCCGAUACAUCCUCCGACCGUUCGCAUUCGCGAGAUGAAGGAUGUUCUUCGGAUUCCGAUGUAGACGAUAUCGAUAACGAGAAUUUUAAUCGUGGUGACAUUCAACGUCAGACGGGACGGCGCACUGUGCUCCCCAGCCAAAGGCCGCCUGCCGACGGAAGCCUGCUAAAAAUGAUUGGCGGUUUUAUCGGCAAAGAUUUGACCAGAUUAGCACUCCCUGUUAAAGUGAACGAGCCUCUAAGCAUGUUGCAGCGGCUAGCGGAGGAAUUGGAAUAUUGUGAAUUGCUUGAUCGCGCUGCGGAUUGUGCUGAUCCAGUUGAACGGAUGACUCUCGUGGCCACAUUCGCUGUCUCCGGAUUCGCUUCGACAUUCUACCGAGCCAGCACUAAGCCAUUUAAUCCAAUACUCGGCGAAACAUAUGAAUGCGUCCGCGAAGAUAAAGGCUUCCGGUAUGUUGCCGAACAAGUUAGUCAUCACCCGCCAAUUUCCGCGUGCCACGCCGAAUCCUUAAGUGACAAAUAUUGUUACUGGCAAGAUUUUCGGCCGAAAACACGCUUCUGGGGACGGUCCAUCGAAGUGACAAACCACGGCGAAGUGCAUGUGAAUAUUAAUAAGAGCGAGCAUUAUCGCUGGAAUAAGCCGAGUUCGCGCGUUGCCGUUUCGGCUCUCAUGUCUCAGAAGGGGCACGUGGAAGUGUACGGAACCAUCAAGAUCACCUGCAGCAACGAUUAUUACGCCAAUUUGACAUUUGGAAAGUCAUCCAGUGAAGGCACCCCAACGCAUGUCGAAGGUACCGUAUAUGGGCCGGAUCGAGCACCUGUUACUGCAAUUUUUGGCAGUUGGAAUGAAUGUGUUUAUUGGACGGAUCCUGGGCGAACGGGCACCAGUCGAAGCGCCGGGACGAAGGUUCUUUGGCGAGCUGGAGCCAUGCCGGCUGACCACGAUGUUUACUAUGGCUUCACACGUUUCGCCAUUGAAUUAAACGAAAUCAGCGACGAAAUGACUCGAUUUUUACCCUGUACCGACUCCAGGCUUCGGCCUGACCAAAGGCUUCUGGAAUGUGGAAACCUGGCUUCCGCUGAAAUCGAGAAGAAGCGUGUGGAACAGGCGCAGCGCGAGCGUAACGCGAAAUACACCAAAGAUCAUUAUCCUUAUGAGCCGCGAUGGUUUCGGCGAGUGGAACAGACGAGCGGAAACGACAUUCCUGAUAUUUACGAAUUUACCUACCGCUACUGGACACUUCGGGAAUCUCCGGGCUUCAUGAGAGUUGUGCCGGCUAUCGAAGCCAUCUGGUGAUCCAUUGCUGGUGAUGUGAUGAACAGUGUCUUCGUUUGUUAGUCAAUAAGUUGAAUACUUCGCAGAAUUUUAUGUAAUCUAUCGUUUUUCUUUUCAACUGGUUCACUGAGAUAGAAAUGUUGAAUUUCGAAAAUUUUGCCGUCUUUCAGAAGGAUUAUGCAGCUGUUUCUGGUUGUCUGUUUGAAAAAAUGGAAGCUGACUAGAUGGAAUUCGAGUAAUUUAAGUGGUCAGUUUAUACCUCUGUGGUGAUGUAGCAAUAUCUGAUACGCAGAAAUAAGGCCAGUGGAAGCGCUAAUUAUUUGAUGAAUU